AUGGAGUCCCACAGAUCAGCCGGUACUUCUUCCAGCUUGCACUUUCCUUUGUCCGUUGAUGCCACCGUUGCAGGAGAGUCUGUCCCCAGAGCUGUUUCCCAUUCCAAGUCUUCCAUUACUAGUCCUUCCCAAAAGGUAGGGUCCUGUGCAGCCUCUUCCUCAAACGGCGCCCCCGGGUCAACAAUGUUGUCGAUGUCCCAAAUAUCAGCAGGCGGUGGAGUCUUAACGGUUUCUUCUGCAUCCCAGAGGUCGACCGGAGGCGCAUCCAGGACCAUGAUUGAGCAGUCGUCUCCGGGGGUCGAAAUGAUAGGGCAGGGCUGCUUCACGGAGACGAUGUCGAGAGUAGGGUCGACUUCAUGGGCGCAGCAGCCGACCAUCCCGGCAAUCGCAUCCACCAAAGUACCCCUCACUGAUGCCGUCUUGGUUCAAAUUGGCCUCGAGACCCUAACCCAAUUGCCAUUCAUCAGGCUGCGGAUCCCACACGUAUUCCUCGACUUCCAGUUCGACUUGGUUCAGUUCGGGCUGAUUGAGGAUACUUUCCCCUCUUGGUUGGGAGCUCUUCAUAAGUUAGAGCUUCUUAUUUUGGGAUCAAACAAAUUCCACGGCAACAUUGGGGAUCCCAAAAACAAUUCAAAGUUUCCAAAGCUGCAGAUAAUUGACCUCUCUUGCAAUGGCUUUUCAGGUAAUUUGCCUACAGAAUACAUUCGUAACUGGAAUGGAAUGAAAAUGAUCAACAAAGAGAAUUUGACAUAUAUGAAUGCAAAUCCAAAAACUCAAUCCAAGGUACAUCCCGGUCCAACAAAUCACAUGACACUAUCCUAUUCAGUUGAGUGGAGCUACGAUUACUCAAUGAGAGUGGUCAGCAAAGGGACAGACAGGUUAUACGAAAAGAUUCAAAUUGCCUUGGUGGUUGUUGAUCUCUCAAACAACACAUUCGUUGGGGAUAUCCCAGAAUCCCUUGGAAGUCUCUGUGGGCUUCAAUUGCUAAACAUUUCCAACAACAAACUUACUGGCGCUAUCCCCUCAUCGUUAGCAAAAUUGACAGAAUUGGAGUCGUUGGACCUAUCUCAAAACCUGCUCUCAGGUCACAUCCCCUGGCAACUGACCCAACUCACUUUCCUUUCCAUCUUUAAUGUUUGUCAUAAUCGACUCACUGGUCGUAUACCUCAGGGGAAGCAAUUUGAUACAUUCGAAAAUAGUUCAUAUGAUGGGAAUUUGGGAUUGUGUGGUGUCCCAUUGUCGAAGUCAUGCAAAAAUUCAACAACCUCACCACCACCUCCGCUUAUAUUUUGA